AUGGCAAUUAUGCAUCAAAUGGGAUUUCCGCCAAAAUGGUGCACUUGGAUAUAUGGACUUUUGUCCUCAGCUAGAGCGGCUGUGCUUGUUAAUGGCACACCAACAUUUGAAUUCCAAUGUGGGAAAGGGAUGCGUCAAGGUGAUCCGAUAUCCCCUUUCCUAUUUUUGAUUGUUAUGGAAGGUUUUUCGUGUAUGAUUAACAAGGCAACAGCAUCGGGAUUUCUUGCGGGAUUAAAACUACCAAAAGGUGGACCGGUUAUCUCACAUCUCUUAUACGCAGACGAUUGUACGUUUAUAGGAGAUUGGUCAAUGUGUAACCUUUACAAGGUUGCUAGAGCUCUUAGAGUUUUCUACCUUUGUUCAGGUCUAAGGAUUAAUCUCGGGAAAUCAAAUUUGUUUGGAGUCGGAGUUGAUAAUACGGAGGUUAAAAGGGCUGCUGAAGUUUUUAAAUGCAAGGAAGGCUCACUACCAUUUAAAUAUCUCGGGCUUCGUAUCGGUGGUAACAUGAACCGUAUAUCUAGUUGGGAUUUCUUGUUCGAUAUUUUUGAGUCUCGCCUAGCUAAUUGGAAGGCCAAAUCACUCUCAAUUGGUGGAAGGGUUACACCCAUCAAGGCGGUAUUGGAAAGCUUACCGUCAUUUCUUUGGGGAGGUUCUCAUGACGAGAAAAAGAUCCAUUGGGUAGCAUGGGAUAGAGUUGCUUCGCCCAUCAAGCAUGGAGGGUUGGGUCUUUGUAGAUUGGCAGAUUCAAACAUCGCUUUGCUAUCAAAGUGGAUUUGGCGGUAUCGAAAUGAAGAUAACGCACUCUGGAAGAAGGUGAUAGACUCGUUGCAUGGGAAUUGUGAAGGAUGGAGAUCAGUCCCUGUAAACAAGUCUCUUGCUAGUGGUUGGAAGAAUAUUGUUCAAAAAGCUGAGAAAGUGAAAGUGGCAGGGAAAGAUCUAAUUGGGUUGUUCAAAGGAAUUUGUGGAAAAGGAGAUAGAAUUCGGUUUUGGAUUGAUCCCUGGGUUGACAACACUUGUCUAAAAGAGUUAUUUCCUUUAUUAUUUGGGCUGGAAAAUGACAAAAAAUGUUUAGUUGCCGAUCGGUUUUGUACGGAAACGAAAAGGUUUGUGGGCAACUCAAUUUGGUACUCGAUGCCGAUAUCACAGGAGGUUCUAGAGGAAUGGCUGAAGUUCACAACAUUACUUGAAGGCAUACGACUGACCGAUGUAAGGGAUAAAUGA